AUGGCCAACAUCGUCGAAGAAGCCAAGCGCGCCGCCGGUAAAACCGCUGUCGAGAACCACUACCCCAAGGAUGCCAAAUACGUCGGCAUUGGCAGCGGUUCCACCAUCGUCUACGUCGUCAAGGCCAUUAAGGAACUCGGCAUCGACACCUCCAACACCAAAUACAUCCCCACCGGCUUCCAGUCCAAGCAACUCAUCCUCUCGCACGGCUUGACUGCCAUCGAUUUCGACUCCAUCCCCGAGGGAACCGUCUUCGAUGUGGCCUUUGACGGCGCCGACGAGGUCGAUGACGAUCUCAACUUGAUCAAGGGCGGCGGGGCCUGUCUGUUCCAGGAGAAGAUUGUUGCUCUCCAGGCCAAGGAGUUCAUUUGUGUCGCUGACUCCCGCAAACUCCAAUCCCGUCUCCUGUCCGGCUGGAAGUACAUCCCCAUCGAGGUGGCCCCGUUCGCCGCCCAUCGUGUUGUCUCCGCGCUCAAGGAACUCGGCAGCAUUGACCCUGCCGUGCGCUUGAGCCCUGCUGCCCAACCCAACACUUCCAUGGAUGGUCCCCUCAAGACCGACCAGGGAUUCUACAUCGUCGACGCACCCUUCCAGACCCUGCUGACGAAGGCGGACGUGGCGGCCGGCCAGGACGGCAGCGGCAAGGGCGGGGUCUGGGAGGUCGAGGCGCUCUCCCAGGCCAUCAAGCUGAUCCCCGGCGUCCUGGACGUGGGUAUCUUCUCCGGCCUGACGGGUCCGCAGGCUCAAGCGCAGGGUGGUAUCGGAGGGCAGAAGCCCGUCGCCGCCUACUUUGGUAUGCCCGACGGUUCCGUGUCGGUCAGAAAGGCCGCUUAG